AUGAUACUCAGUCAGAUUGCCUGGGUCGACUGCUUUGCUUUUCUAAUAUUCCUCGCGCCACAACUACUCAUCCACGCCGGAAUCAUUGAGACGUUGUCGUGUGCUCUCAAAGCAUUGCCACAUCUACUCUUCGUGCUACCCAUACAACUCAUCCGAGAACGCUACCUCACCCCGCGCUACCAACGCUCCCGCUUCGUCCAAAACGCCACUCUCUUCCAAGACGUCGUAAUCCGCUGCGUCCGCUACGCCUUCGCCAAGAUCCCCGCCACAAUAGGAAAAGUCUUCUUCUCCAAACCCGUCGCCCUCCCCUUUUUCCGUUUCCGCAUGCUUCGCCACGGCUACACCAAAUCCCCCGUCUACUGGCGCGAAGUCCAUCGCCCUGCGGACCAACUCCAAGGCCUCUACAUGAUCCAUGAUGCCUCCCACCGGCCGGAUAUCGUGGUCUACUAUUGUCAUGGCGGAGGGUUCAGUAUGGGAAGUGCAUACUUUUAUAUGGAAUUCCUGCUCGCGUGGGUGAGUUUGCUCAAGGACGCUGGGUAUGAGAAUCCGGCGCUAUUCGCGCUGGAGUAUACGCUUGUCCCUGAAGCGACUUAUCCGACGCAAGUGCAGCAGGUGCUAGCGGGGUACAAGUACUGUCUUUCCAUCGCCAGCGAUCCGAGUCGGAUCUGCGUGAGUGGCGACUCGGCGGGCGCGACGCUUAUCCUGAGUUUACUGCUUGUGUUGGAUAAGUACUCCGGUAUGAGGGGCAAACUACCUGGGGUGGCGAUACCAAUAUCUCCUUGGAGCAUAAUCCUUAGCGAGAACAACAAGAAUACUGCCUCCGACUACCUGGACCAAGACAGCUUGAAUCUUUACGGAAGCCAGUACAUCGGCUCCAAAGCCUCCGGCACCGACCCUCUCGUCUCACCGGGCCUGUGUGCAGAUAUGGCAUGGUGGCGACGAGCCUCCCCAACCCUAGGCUGGUUCUUCGUGUACGGAGCGGAGGAAGUCUUUGCGCCUGAUGCGCGGGACUUGAUAUCUCGAUUACGCGAUGGCGGGAUCCCGGUGGAGGUGCUGGAGGAGAAGGGAUGGAUCCAUGCUUGGCCGGUCGUCAAGUUGUUUUUGUCUAAUGGGCAGGCGGAACGGCAGGGCGGGUUGAGGGCUAUGAUUGAGUUUACCAGGAAGAGGAUUGAGCCUGCGAAGGCGAGGUAG